AUGGAUUGGGACAAACAGACUAUUAUCGGAACUUCUGUUAAGCUAGAGAAACAAUAUCUACGACUAACUUCGGCGCCUGAUCCUUCUACAGUUCGCCCACUGCCAAUUUUAAAACAAACAUUGGAAUUACUAAAAGACAAAUGGAAAGCAGAGCAAAAUUACACUUAUAUUUGUGACCAGUUCAAGUCGAUGCGCCAGGACUUAACAGUUCAACGGAUAAGAGAUGAAUUCACGGUCCAAGUAUAUGAGAUACAUGCUCGUAUCGCGCUCGAAAAGGGAGAUUUAGGCGAGUACAACCAGUGUCAAUCACAACUAAAACAGUUGUAUAUGCUUGGAAUUCCUGGGAAUGUGAUGGAGUUUACAGCCUACCGUAUUCUGUAUUUCCUUCACACUCAAAAUUGGUCUGACAUCAACUCUAUUAUGGCCGAGGUGACACCUGAACAAAAGAGGGAUGAAGCAGUGCAACAUGCAUUACAAGUCCGUUCCUGUCUUGCCACUUCGAACUAUCAUCGUUUCUUUAGGCUUUACACUAGUGCUCCCAACAUGGGGGGUUAUCUUAUGGAUCAGUUUAUCGAACGUGAAAGAGUGCAAGCAUUGAUUAUCUUGUGCAAAGCAUGUCGUCCUGAUCUUCCCUUGUCAUUUAUUCAAACUGAACUGGCAUUUGAAGAUCACGAACAGUUGAUUAAAUUUUUGAUGAGCCAAAAUGCCCACCAUUUAAGACCAGAUCCUAACUUACUUGACACAAAGGCCGCUUGUUUGGUCCUUCUAGAGAGUGCAAAGAGGUACAAGAAGAUCGACAUCAAGGGGCAAAUGUGA